AAAAAGAGCGAAUCAUCGCAGUUGCUCAGUGUUUGGAUGUACAAAACCUCGAAAAAGUAAGUUAACUAAUGCCAUAUCAUUGUGUUGCUGUACUGUAUAUGGUUACCUUGUUAGCAUUAUAAAGUCGCUUUAGCAUUAGCGCCACAGCUAACAGCCAAGCUACUGUCGCUAAUGUAACGGUAGAUAGCAUCAGUUAUGUGUGUAAAUACCAUGGACCUAUUAAAGAAAGGACAGCGGACUAAUACAUUGCCGCCCAUUCAUAACUAUAAAUACACGCACUGUAACUCGAGUGUGCACCUCAGCAAGCAAGGGGCAUCAUACGAGAAUGGGCACAAUUCAACAAAGGGGGUACAGGCACUGAUCUCUACUGCUUGGAUACCAAGGGAAUAAAAUGUUUAACAAAGUCUGCUCACCAUACAACAAAAGAAUACAACUGUAUUUUACCGGCCACUGGACCGCAGUAGUUCUAGCGUUUUACUGAUGAGGAUUGACCUGUUAAACUCAUCCUAAAUACAUAUGGGGCGUUCCUGGGAACCCGUGUUUUCGCCCGCUUCUACCCUCUUGUACUCCCAGUUAUAGCUGGUUAUUUACGGGCAAAAAAGUGUACCUGGAACACACUAUUAUAGGCAUGUUUUCCCCUUCACAAAUCAAAGGGUUAUUAGCAGAUUUCUGCAGAGCUUGAUGUCACGGUAUUGAGUUGAUGAACUUUAAAAUAUCAAAUCAAUGAUGUAAUAUAAUUUCAUAUAACUAAUUUUAGUAUAAGGCUAAUGUAAUUCACUAAACAUGCUUAUCUUGUAUCUUCUUACAACUUGCUGCUGGACUAUAUACAAUAUAAAAAAUCUAGUACUGAUUUUACUUUGUUCUCUCUAAGCAGGCCAGCUCAUCAAGUGCUUACAUUCAGCAGCUUCUCUCAGGGAUGUUGCCUGCCAGACGGAGCACCUGGAAACGCAUACUCAGCAGACCCCAGACACCAUUUCAAUCAAGGUUGAAGAGGAUAUUGGUGGAGGCAUGCCCGCCACAGAAGACUGCGAUGCCUUUGGAGACCGUAGCACUCAGUGUGGCGCCACCUCAGAGAUUCUGGGUGUGGACGCCCCUGGCUCCUCCCACUGGUCCAGUCGCUGCGAGGAAUUGGUGCAGCAGACCCCAGACACCAUUUCAAUCAAGCUUGAAGAGGAUAUUGGUGGAGGCCUUCCCGGCACAGAAGACUGCGAUGCCUUUGGACACCGUAGCACUCAGCGUGGCGCCGCCUCAAAGAUUCUGGCGGUGGUCGCCCCUGGCUCCUCCCACAUGUCCAGUCACAGCGAGGAACUGGUUCAGACCCCAGACACCAUUUCAAUCAAGGUUGAAGUGGAUAUUGGUGGAGGCAUGCCCGCCGUAGACUGCGAUGCCUUUGGACACCGUAGCACUCAGCGCGGCGCCACCUCAGAGAGUCUGGGUGUGGACGGCCCUUGCUCCUCCCACCUGUCCAUCUACAGCGAGGAACUGAAGAUUCUGAGCGUCUACGGAAAAGGGGAGGGCCCACUGGCGGUGGACGGCCAUGACACCCUCUUCACAGUGUCAGAAGUGGAGGCCCUGAACUCGCUGUAUGCGUACCACAGCGCGGCCAAGAGCCUGGAGCGCGGCGAGCGGCUGGUAGGCCGCGAGGAGCUGAGUGUGCAGCAGCAGACCCCAGACACCAUUUCAAUCAAGCUUGAAGAGGAUAUUGGUGGAGGCUUGCCCGCUGUAGAAGACUGCGAUGCCUUCGGAGACCGUAGCACUCAGCGCGGCGCCACCUCAGAGAUUCUGGGUGUGGUCGCCCCUGGCUCCUCCCACAUUUCCAGUCACAGCGAGGAACUGCUGCAGACCCCAGACACCAUUUCAAUCAAGGUUGAAGAGGAUAUUGGUGGAGGCUUGCCCGCCGUAGACAAUGACAUCAGAGAAUGCAGCACGCAGCGCGGCACCACCUCGGAGAGUCUGCGUGUGGACGCCCCUGGCUCCUCCCACAUGUCAAGUCACAGCGGGGAGCUGCGCAUCCUGAGCGUUUAUGGACAAGGGGAGAGCCCACUGGCGGUGGACGUCCAUAACACCCUUUUUGCCGCGUCAGAACUGGAGGCCUUGAGCUCGCUGUCCGCUGACCACAGCGUGGCCAAGAGCCUGAACUGCAGUGUGCGGCUCGUCCGCCUUGAGGAGCUGACUGGGCAUCGGGGCGGCCGCAAGGGACGGCCCGGUGUCUUGUGUGGAAAGGUUAUUCCCAACAAUGCCAAUAUGAUCGUCCACAAGAGGACUCACUCCGGGGAGAAGCCCUACAAGUGUGACCAAUGCAUGAAGUGCUUCCGUCAGAAAGGCCCCCUGAAGCGCCACAUGAGGACUCACUCCGGGGAGAAGCCCUACAGGUGUGACCAAUGCACGAAGUGCUUCAGUCUGAAAGGCACCCUGAAGCGCCACAUGGUGACUCACUCUGGGGAGAAACCCUACAAGUGUGACCAAUGCACGAAGCGCUUCAGUCGGACAAGCCACCUGAAGAUCCACAUGAGGACUCACUCCGGUGAAAAGCCCUACAAGUGUGACCAAUGCACGAAGGGCUUCCUUCUGAAAGGCUCCCUGAAGAGCCAUAUGAGAACUCACUCCGGUGAGAAGCCCUACAAGUGUGACCAAUGCACGAAGCGUUUCAGUCAGAAAAGCCACCUGAAUGGCCACAUGCUGACUCACUCUGGCGAGAAGCCCUACAAGUGUGACCAAUGCACGAAGCGCUUCAUUCGGUCAUACCGCCUGAGGAUCCACAUGAGGACUCACUCUGGGGAGAAGCCCUGCGUGUGUCUGCAGUGCAACGCCAGCUACUGCGGCCCAAGCAGUUUGCGUGUGCACAUGCUCAAGCACACUUUGAGCCACAUAAGGACUCACUCCGGUGAGAAGCCCUACAAGUGUGACCAAUGCACGAGGCACUUCAGUCGGAAAGGCCACCUGAAGAUCCACAUGAGGACUCACUCUGGGGAGAAGCCCUGCGUGUGUCUGCAGUGCAACGCCAGCUACAGCGACCCAAGCAGUUUGCGUGUGCACAUGCUCAAGCACACUUUGACACGGGGUAACGGGACUCGUAGCGAGGAACUGCUGUUAAUCGCGUUUUUGUCUAUAUUCAGAUGUGAACUCAUUCUUGCAUGCGAGGGUCUUGAAACAAAAAAAAAAAUAGGCAGGCAAGACAUUGAAAUUGCAGGGCGCGCCAAGCCGCAACCGAACCAGCUUGGCAGUGUAAAAACGCCUAAUCUGUCGGUAAUGGGGAUUGACAACUAUUCUGUGAAAAUGAAAGAAUAUGUUUUGUGUGUGUUUCCUUCUUUAUGUGGAAAGCAGCAGACCCCAGACACCAUUUUAAUCAAGGUUGAAGAGGAUAUUGGGGGAGGCAUGCCCGCCGUAGACUGCGAUGCUUUUGGAGACAGUAGCACUCAGCGCAACGCCACCUCAGAGAGUCUGGGUGUGGACGCCCCUGGCUCCUCCCACAUGUCCAGUCACUGCAAGGAGCUGAAGAUUCUGAGCAUCUACGGAAAAGGGGAGGGCCCACUGGCGGUGGGCGACCAUGACACCCUCUUCACCACUUCAGAAGUGGAGGCCCUGAACUCGCUGUCUGCGGACCACAGCGCGGCCAAGAGCCUGGAGCGCGGCGAGCGGCUGGUCUGCCGUGAGGAGCUGAGUGUGCAGCAUACCCCAGACACCAUUUCAAUCAAGGUUGAAGAGGAUAUUGGUGGAGGCAUGCCUGCCGUAGAAGACAAUGACAUCACAGACUGCAGCACGCAGCGCGGCGCCACCUCGGAGAGUCUGCAUAUGGACGCCCCUGGCUCCUCCCACAGGUCAAGUCACAGCAGGGAGCUGCGCAUCCUGAGCGUCUACGGACAAGGGGAGGGCCCACUGGCGGUGGACGGCCAUGACACCCUCUUUGCCGCGUCAGACCUGGAGGCCUUGAGCUCGAUGUCUGCUGACCACAGCGUGGCCAAGAGCCUGAACUGCAGUGUGCGGCUCGUCCGCCUUGAGGAGCUGACUGGGCAUCAGGGCGGGCGCAAGGGCCGGCCCGGUGUCUUGUGUGGAAAGGUUAUUCCCAACAAUGCCAAUAUGAUCGUCCACAUGAUGACUCACUCUGGGGAGAAGCCCUACCAGUGUGACCAAUGCAGUAAGCGCUUCAGUCGGAGAGAUGCCCUAAAGAUCCACAUGUCGACUCAUACCGGCGAGAAGCCCUACAGGUGUGACCAAUGCACAAAGCGCUUCAGUUAUAGCUAUGCCCUGAAGAUCCACAUGAGGACUCACUCCGGCGAGAUGCCCUACAAGUGUGACCAAUGCACAAAGCGCUUCAGUCAGAAAGGCCACUUGAAGAUCCACAUGAGGACUCACUCCGGGGAGAAGCCCUACAAGUGUGACCAAUGCAUGAAGUCUUUCUGUCAGAAAGACUACCUGAAUAGACACAUGAGAACUCACUCCGGCGAGAAGCCCUACAAGUGUGACCAAUGCAUGAAGUGCUUCAGUCUUGGCCGCAGCCUGAAGUUCCACAUUUCGACUCACUCGGGGGAGAAGCCCUACAGGUGUGACCAAUGCCCGAAGUGCUUCAGUCAUGCUUCCGGCCUGAAGUUCCACAUGUUGACUCACACCGGCGAGAAGCCCUACAGGUGUGACCAAUGCACGAAGUGUUUCAUUCAAAGCUCCGCCCUGAAGCGCCACAUGAGAACUCACUCCGGCGAGAAGCCCUACAGGUGUGACCAAUGCACGUUGCGCUUCAGUCGUGUUUGCAACCUGAAGAUCCAUAUGAUGACUCACUCCGGCGAGAAGCCAUACAAGUGUGACCAAUGCAUGAAGGGCUUCAGUCGUGGCGGCGACCUGAAAAUCCACAUGAGGACUCACACCGGGGAGAAGCCCUGCGUGUGUCUGCAGUGCAACGCCAGCUACAGCGACCCAAGCAAUUUGCGUGUGCACAUGCUCAAGCACACUUCGGCACGGGGUAACGGGAUGCUUUGAUUGAGACCUCUGUCCUGUAUUGGUUGAAAUUAGGGCUGCAACAACGAAUCGAUAAAAUCGAUAAAAAAUCGAUUACUAAAUGCAUUGGCAACGAAUUUGGUCGUCGAUUCGAUGAGUCGCGCGAUUAAUAAGUUACUCGUAGGCGCGGCACCGUGAACCAACCUGUCGGCCAGCCGCCGACAGGUUGGUUCACGGUUCAUGCACGCCCACAGCGAGCUUUAGUGUGAGCGACCACAGCUUGUAUUUUGGUCAUAUCUUAACACUUGACUGUAGGCCUACAUAGAAGUGUUGUACCUACACUGUCUUUGGGUUAAAAAAACUCCUUCAACUCAGUAUCCGUCUAGUCCUACCGAAAACUGUCAGCUGCUGCUGCUGCAGAUGUUGUGCAGACGGGCUCGGAGUCGGCACCGAGUGCAUCAACAGUCAUUCAAAGCAGCGUUAGUAAUCACACAACCGGACGGUGUAGAAAGUCCCGUCAGUUAAAAAUAGUAAUGCAGUUUUUAAAUCCAUUUUUAAAUCGGCAGGAUAUAGAGCUAGUUAGCUUAAAAAAAAAAAAAAUGACCAAUGGUCACAAACAGUGUAAAAUGUGAUGUGUUCAGGUCGGCCCAGUAAUAUGAUUGAUGCGUUCAAAUGCAACAGAAAAAAAAAAAAAGAUUUUGGUGAAAACUUGUUUUCCCAGUAAUAUAAAAUGGAUAGAAUUAUGACCUGUUUAAUGUCCUAUCUUGAACUAUCAUCAUCUUAUGAGCAAUUAAAGCAAUAUUACAAGUUCUAUUUCAAGGAGUCUCGAAAUUGGUAUCAAUAGGUUUGACCGGUUAACCAUGGACAUCCCUUAUAUACAUAUAAAAGUAUAUCAUACAUUGUAUGUUUUAUUUGUGUUAUCCCAGUUAUGUUUUUUUAAUUGUUUUAUAAUUUAAUAUUACUUUUAAUAGUUCUGGGACGUUGGAGCAAUAACCUUGUGUUUUUACACUUCAGUCUGCACUGUGAAUUUGAAGUGAUGUUCGGUUUUUGAAUAAAGAUGCAGCAAUUAAAAAUGUUUUUUUUUUUUAUCCGAUUCAUCGAUUAAUCGAAAAGAUAAUCGACAGAUUAAUCGGUUAUUCAAAUAGUCGUUAGUUGCAGCCCUAGUUGAAAUUAGUGCUUUUUGUUUUUCUUUUCAUUACGAUUAAACACUUUCAAAUUUUGAUUCGCUUUCUGUUUUUAUUAAUAAUUGAUGUCUGUGUUGAAUAACUUAUUACUAGGACAAAGAUGAUUGAAGAUGAUCCAUUUUAAAAGGUCCCUGGUUAAAUGUCUAGAUCUCAGUAAUGCUCAGUUUAGUUCGGUCGUCCCUCUAGAAUGCAGCAUUAUUCUAACGGGACAAAGUCAGAAGAUUCCUAGCAUUGGUCCCCCUUCGCUCCCUGUUUGCAGCGGCGGCUGGUAAUCCAAUUCGUGGGUGGGGUGCA